AUGAGCACCAUUCAGACGCCUGCCUCGGCCUCCAACAAUACAUACAUUAUGCCAAACUCUCCGGCCAAGGCUCGCCCUCUGGUCGAUGGCUACCGUCCCAAGGUCACCCGCACGCUUGGCCAGAGACCUGCGUGCCUCGUCAAUGCGUCUGUGACGUACUGCGGGAACAAUCAGAUCUAUGCUUUUGGCGGCUUUGACCAAUACACCGACGAGGUGUACAACCACGUCCUGCGACUAGAUCUGGCAACCCAUCAGUGGAAUUUGGUAGAUAACUAUGGCGAUAUUCCCGGGGUGCGCAUGGGCCACACGGCGACGUUGUACAAAGGCGACAAACUGCUUGUCUUUGGCGGCGAGAACGAACAUCGAACCUACCUAUCCGACCUUAUCGUCUUCGACCUGAAAACAGCCCAUUGGACACAGCCCCUGGUGUCCGGUCCGAUCCCAAAAGGCCGAGCAAGACACGCCGCGGUGCUGCACGAGGAUAAGCUGUUCAUCAUCGGCGGCAUCACAGGCCAGAACAACUAUGUGUUGGACGAUAUUUGCUACCUCGACCUCAAGACAUUUACAUGGUCAAAGGCAUGGCGUUUCGUCGGCCGCUUUGACCACUCGGCCUAUAUCUGGGGUGACCGUGUUUGGGUCUUUGGUGGCCUCAGCGAAGACAUGGACAAGAUUAGUGACUUGUGGUGGCUUGAUCUGAAAGGAAGCCCAGAAUUCGACUCACGACCCCAUUUUGGCGUCUUCGACCGCCACUCCGCUGCCCACAGAACUAGUAGUUCUCCCAAAUCGCCUUACACUAUGGCAGCAAAUCCCGUCGUUGGCACUUCUGGAUAUGCUGCGAAUUCCCGGACCGCUCAAGUGAAUCCUCCCUCUUUUCAGCUAAAAUCGUAUGCGCCAAUGGCACCAGGGUCUAUAUCCGCUCUAAAGUUUGUGUCAGGGCCGACUGUGCCAUCUCAAGGAUCAGGCAUCCAUUUCCACGCUUACUCUUCCGGAACGUUGCUCGACUUUGUAACUCCUGCUGCGACCAUUACUCAUAGAGAAUGCUCUCUAUCAGCAUUAGAUCUCAGCACGUUGCGGUGGCAGAAGCUUGCUGACGGCCGCGAAAUCUUCAAAACCGGAUAUAGAUGGCACUACUGUACCAUGAACGAAGAUGGCACCAAAGCAUGGCUGCUGGGCUGUCCAGUCGAUCCUGCUUCAACUGAUUUGGGCCCUAACGGUUAUGAAGAGUACCUCAGUGAUAUCAUGGAAGUUGAUCUUCGGCGAUAUGGCUUUCUUGGAAAUAAUCUGGCACCGGAAAGCUUGGCUCAGUCUAGGCCAUCCUUUACCACCAGACUGUCUGACCAGCCUUCCAAGGGCCUUGGUGCAGAUCUUGCAAAGCUGUUCAAUCAGCCUCCUGAGUCUGGAAGUGGUACAGACUUUAUCAUCACUGCGCUUGCCGAUGAAGCCGACAGCGAUGACACUUUAAGCUCUGGGCUCAUUCGAGCCGAUGAUUCAGCCAAGGACGAGGGCUGGCUUUCUGCAGAUACGCCGACCUCUACACCGAUUCACGUUCAUAAGCUCAUUUUACAAGCGCGGUGGCCGCACUUUGCGCGCUUGUAUAACGCUCAGAUGGCGGAGUUUCACACGAAAAAGAUGCAUAUCCCCGAGCCAUAUUCAGUUGUCAAGGCAUUCCUCCUGUAUCUUUACACUGAUAACAUCCAUGGCACGGUGGAGACGGACAGCGACGCCACUAUAGACCUCUCUGAUGUUGCCGGACUCUUGGUCAUGUCCAAUAUUUACAACAUCCCACACCUUCGCCUGUUGUGCGUAAACCGCCUAGCCAAGGAGCUCGAUGUCGAACAUGCCUGCGUCAUCUGGUACUGCUCAGGACUGGCGAGCGAAGAAUGGCUGCGCAAGAGAGCGGCAACGUUCUGCAUGACACACUGGGGCCGCAUCGUCCGUACUCCAGGCUUCCUCCGCCUCCCCCGCAGCGCCCUGGUUGAGCUCUCACAGGAGAUCGACAUGGAGGGCCGAGUCGUUGCGGGCGACGACCUCGAGUGGGGGAGCGUAUCGGGCCGGUAUAGCGAUGGCACGGGGCAUGGCACUCGAAAGGAAAGUAUCAGCAGCAGUACUCAGAUGCAGAUCGUCGAGUCCGAGGUCGAUGACGAUGAUGAGGACGUGGAGAUAUCGUAGAAAGGAUUGCCCUGAUGCGAUGUGAAGAUUUACAUUGUCGCAACCCGCGCCUAUUGAGUUUUUUUUUUUACCCGAAUAUCUGGCCAAAGAUGACCGAUGGAUUCCUCUACAGAGGAUGGCAAGAUGACGCUGCGAUCUUCCCGAGGAGGUUGUUUUUUGGCUUUCGCUUCGGGUUGCUCGUUUGAAGAAAUGCGUACGACGACGAUAUGAGAGCACUUUUUACUUAUUUUAUUUCUGGCUUUUGGGGGGACGGCGGAGCAUUCCUUUUUUUUCUUUUUGUUCUUUUACUUGUCCGAUGAGCAUUUCAGGGUGUUGGUUGCUUGCUUGCUUUGCUUGCAUUUCAUGAAAUGGUAUGCUUGUGAAAUAGUUUUGUUGUAGUUGAUAUAUGUUUCAAGACCAUGGUGUAUAAGCUGCUGUAUUUGCUUACUUCUCCCUCUCUCCCACUCCGCCUCUGUAAUCGUCUCCCUUACACGCGCCCUCCUCCUUGACAUUUAGUACAAGCAUACAGGGGACAAUUAAUCCUUCCGUCUCAUCUUUCGGCUCUCGCUACACCGGCUAAUCAACUCGAAACUCAACGUGCAUGUGAAAAAAAAAAAAAGGACACGUACAUACACGAUAGCAGGAAGGAACCUUUGCUCGUCCACCUUAAAGAGGUAACGAUAUGCCCCCUUGUCUGAUUCUGACAGGGUCUUUUUUUCCUUUCAGCCUUAUUUGGCGGGAUUACAAGUACAAUACGUUUUGAUAGAUACGGAGUACUGGCGCAGUACACCACAAGUACAUCGGGGUGACAAAAGGUUAACUUUGAUGAAGAGCUUAGCAGUCGAUCCAUAUUAAUAGUGCUCUACCUUUUCACUAGAGAUACUCUGCUUUCCACGCCAUUGCCCACGCAAGUUUUCAGUGACCAGGGCAAAAUAAGCUCCCUUUUUCCCUUUUGAAUUGCUCUCUAUAAAAAACCAUUUCCUGUUUUAAGCAUAAAAGAAAAAUACGCGCAACUUUUUAUGUAUCUCCAUUCCCUUUUUUGUUUUGUUCCACCACCCAGAGAAAAUUUUUUUUUUUUUUUCCAGCCAAACAAAAAGAAGCCCCUUUCCCAAACAACACUAUAAAAGAAGAUACUACGCUCUCUCAUCUCGUAGUCCUCUCUGCUGCCAGGGGGCGAGAGCAGCGCGUGGAAGUCAACGCAAAUUCAAUCCAAUCCAAACCGUUUAAGAACAUCAGAGGGUAGUAACGAAAAGAAAAACACAAAGGAUUUGAGAAGAGCUUGAAGAACCAAAACCGCCCGAGUAAAUCAACGUAACGAAAUACCAGUUUUUUCCGUCCAAUGCAGCACCGAUUCUCCCCCCAAGAGACAUCGCAUAAAAGGCUAGGAAAAUCUCCCCAUCGUACAAAUGCAUAAACGCUUCUUCAUAUUUUUUUGGUGAUCCAUUUUGGCCUCAAAGUUGAGACAUCAUGUCAUCAUCCUCUUCGGCGAUCUUUUGUUUGUUGCCGGCAAGCUAAAGAUGUGCAUUCGCGGCGCCAGCCAGCAGUCUGUCUAUAGAAAAUGCAUCGCGAUGGGGUCAACAGAAAAGAAACACAGAUCAUGAACAGAUUGAGGUGAGGCUCAAUGAAACUUGGAAGGCGGGAUCAGGUCCUUCCAAUUCUGGUAAUUUGACCGUAGCAUUAUGUACCACCGCUAGUAGCACAUAGUAUUAGUGGCCAUCCGAUGACAGGAAUGAUCUGCUUCGCUGAUGCGCAUAUUGGUGGGGGGGUCAACGAGCGUGAUCGCCAUCAAUGUGGGAACCCCAGAUAAGGGGGAGAGGCGACCUCUAAGAAACCAGCAACCUCGAAUUCAUUUCGUCUCAGGGAACCAGCCCGGAACUAACGCCGUCGCCAUGUGCUGUAAAACGUGCAAGGCAAAAAGAAGAGUGAAUGUACAUGUAUCUGAGCAUAGAGAUCAAAGCGUACGGCGCAAGGCGAGUUGAUCGCAGCUGGAGGACAGCCCCACAGGGGAUCAACACAGGCUCGAUAAGUCGGAAUCGUACUAUAGCGGGGGAGUUUGCAUGUCCCCCUCGUGACGCCAACAGAUCCAUGCCGUUCAGAGGAAUACGGCCGACGCAUCAUGUGCAAGCGGCUCACUGCAGCAUCACGUCUUCU